UCGCUCGUUCAAUUCGGUCCGCGCAGCAGACUUACUGGUAUACGCAAACGCGCACACACGCACACUCACACACACACACACACACACACGUCCCGCAACCGUUUGCAGUACGCGACAUGGUGCGCAACGGCCGCCGACCGGAGGCAGCAGCACAAGCGUUGUGGUGAACGCGCCCCCCGCGACAUUCAGUGAAGACGACCGCCGCCGCCGUCAGUCGCCACUCGUCGACGCCGCCGCGCAGUGUUCGUCCAGUCAGUGUGCGAUCGUCCGCCUUUGCCGACGGUACUCGACCGUUGUAGUAACCGUUGUGGUCGUGUGCCAGUGUGUUCCGUUCACCGCUCGCGACAACUGCUGCACGAGUGCAGAGAUCGCGCGCACUGCAAGUCGUGUGCCUAUCAUCCGCCGAUUAAUAAAAAUUUUGUUUUUAUUUUUUAUUCGUCGUCGGCAAAAUCGUUGAGUUAAAUAUUUUAAUUCAGUUUUUUUUUACGCGACGACGUGUUUUGCUAGACGGAAAAAAAAAUAUAUUUUUUUCCUCUACCUCGCUCGAACGCGUGUAGACUUUGAAUUUAUUUUAAAUUUUAUUUAAUUUUUUUUUUUUUUUUUUUUGGUGCGUUUUCGUUAUUUUUUUCGAUCACGUGUGACGUGUGUCUUUUGGAUCGCAACGAUACGUAUUUCUACGCGUUUAUCAAUAAAAACACAUUUUUCGCAAAAUGGUACCUAAACAAGAAACGAUCCGCAUCAUAGACUCCUCGUCGGAUAACAAGUUGGCCCUGCCGAUAUUCGGCUCACAACUGGUUGAUGAAAAUUCGCUGACACCGUAUUCCGAUGCAACACAGACAAAAAAAAAUAAUCCAAACCACAUCAAGCGGCCAAUGAACGCGUUCAUGGUGUGGUCGCAAAUAGAGAGGCGCCGAAUAUGCCACGAUCAACCGGACAUGCACAACGCGGAAAUAUCAAAACAGCUCGGUAUGCUGUGGAAAACGCUAACCGAAGAACAGCGGAAACCAUUUAUUGAAGAAGCCGAGACGCUGAGACUGAUGCACCUUAAAGAGUACCCGGACUAUAAAUACAGGCCUCGCAAAAGGACGCCAAAGAACAGUGGUAGUAGUGGUAACAUAACCACCACGUCCGCCCCAGUCACGAUCGCCAAGACCACUACAUCAGCUGCUGCUCAGUCAAAAUUCCGGAAGAAUUUGUGCAAAAAGUUCGGCGGCAACACCGUGACCGUGUCCACCCGCGUCGCAUCCGCCCUCAAUUCUGAGACGGUGCGCGUAGUGGAGAACAGGAACUCCACAGUCUCGUCGUCGUCGUCGUCGUCGUUGAUUCAGGACAACACAACUUCAUCGUCUUCGUCGUCAUCGACGUCGUCUUCGAAGUCUUUUGUCCGACGCAACGGCAUCAUACAGGUGAACAGAAUGAGCCCGGUGAACACGGAACGAUUAAAGUAUCACUUCACUAUCGAUACGGCUAAGGACACGGCUGAGGUGCGCGUACCCGCCUCGGUACACGCUAAGGUGCCGACCAGCCCGACAUGCGACUCGCCAAAUUCGCCGGAGAGCGCCACGUUCUACGACGAUUCGCCGCUGUCGUGUUUCGAAGUCGUCAAGCCGCUCAAAAUUAAGUUGCUCAACCCGCUCAACACUUCGGCCACAAUCACAGUGCUGACCGACGUGGACGACGACGACAACGAGGACGGUGACAACAACGCCAGCACCGCCAAUGCCAACGCCAUGUUGCUCAGUCCCGGAUCGGCCGCGUCGCUCAUGUCUGCCCGACAGAUAGACCAGCAACUCCACCAACACCACAACCUAAACAACCACCUGAGCAAUCAGUCGGCAGCCGAUCUGCUCGCCCGAAACCUGAUGAAGGACGAUCAUCUUCUGGUCAAGGCCGAACCCGCACAUCCGUCGCCGUCGUCGUCCUCGUUGUCUGCCGUCGCCCAAUCGUCGUAUUUCUCUAUCAAACAGGAGCCAAUGGACUGCGAAUCGGAGACGGCUGCGCUAGGCCGCGUCGGCGAGAACCCAUCGCUGGCCGACCUCGAGUGCCUGGAUGACCUCAUCCAGAUGCCGUCCGACUUCAAGAUGGACAUUGACUGCUUAUCAUCCGACAUGGACAACGGCUCUGUCCGGCAGGGUUCGCACCUCGAGUUCACGUGCACGUCCGACAUGACCGACAUACUCUCCCAUAUGGGCGUGACCGCCGACUGGGAGGACGUGCGAGGCAUCAUCAACGACUGCUAGGUGCUUCACGGCUGAGGAGAAAAAUGCGUCCCUACCGCCGCUAGCUCCAAACUCACUCCUCCCCACCGCCAAACCCGCCGACAGCAUCGUCGUCGUUCGCCGUAUCUGACCCGUACUACCCCGUUAAAACACACACACACAAUAAAUACAAAAACAUGAGGUCCUCCGCUGUGAUUGGUUAUAUAUAUAUAUAUAUAUUUUU